AUGUUUUCUGGAUCUUCUAAUGAUGAUGAUAUGACAGGGUCGGAUAUCGAUACGUUGGUCCUCGGUCCGAAACAUGUCUCCAUUGAGGACUUCUUUUCCGAUUUCCCUCCCGUCCUUGAGCAGAUGGCUCCCUCGGGAGCCAUUGAGAAGGUGACACCCGUUCCGGACGCCUUUGUCCCGAUCAUUAAGCUCGAAUUGUCCGGGAUCAGCAUCGAUCUGCUUUUUGCCCGUUUGAUCGUCCCUUCGAUUCCGCUCAACCUUGACUUGAAGAACAAUGAUUACCUCAGGGGUCUGGAUGAACGGGAGGCUCGUUCCCUCAAUGGAACUCGUGUGACCGACGAGAUCCUCGAGCUCGUGCCUCAGCAGAAGACAUUCCGCUUGGCACUGCGCGCCAUCAAGCUUUGGGCACAGCGCCGCGCUAUUUAUGCCAACAUCGUUGGUUUCCCAGGUGGUGUCGCAUGGGCCAUGCUGGUGGCCCGAGUAUGUCAGUUGUAUCCUCAGGCAACUGGAUCGGUGAUUGUUGGCAAAUUUUUCCGGAUCAUGAACAAAUGGGCCUGGCCUCAGCCUGUGUUGCUGAAGCCAAUUGAAGAUGGGCCUCUUCAGAUUAAAGUUUGGAAUCCUAAGAUCUACCACGGCGAUCGGUUCCACCUAAUGCCCAUCAUCACACCAGCCUAUCCCUCCAUGUGUGCCACCCACAACGUCUCCUUGUCGACCAAGGCGGUCAUUCUCCGUGAGCUCGCGCGUGGUGGUGAUAUCGUGGACAAGAUUUUCAUGAAGCAACUGAAUUGGAAUGAUCUCUUCGCUCGUCACUCAUUCUUCACGAACGACUACAAAUACUAUCUCAGUAUUACCGCGUCCAGCAAAACCAAGGAGGCGGAGGCCGUCUGGUCCGGUCUGGUUGAAUCCAAGUUGAGACACUUGGUCGGAGCUCUGGAUAGGAAGGGAACUAUCGCAGUAUCGCACCCUUUUCCGAAGGGCUUCGAGCGCACACAUACCGUCAGCAACGACCAGGAAGCAGAGGCAGUCAAAAACGGGUCUACCAAGUACCAGGCAAAGGGGACAAAAACUGAGACUACUGAUGAGGUGGCAGACGUAAACCAUCAAGUCGCAGCUCAGAAUGGUAUCCAGCAUCCUGAGAACGUGGAAACGGGUGAGCAGAAAACCAACGGGGAAACGCGGACUAUCUACACCACGACCUACUACAUUGGACUGGAGUUGAAGCCGUUGGAGCCAGGCGCAUCGCGAUCAUUGGACAUUUCGACCGACGCUCAAAUCUUCAAAUCGACGUGUACUUCCUGGGCUGGUUUCCAGCCGGGGAUCAACGAUCUGUCGAUCAUUCAUGUGCGCAAUUUCGACUUGCCCGAUGAUGUUUUCGAGCCAGGAGACAUUCGCCCCACCCGUCCUAAGAAGAAGAUUGUCAAGAAGACCGAAGCGACCGCCCAGAAGCGCAACAUCGAUUCGUUGGAAGUAAGUCCACGCUAUAAGGGAUAUGGGAUAUACCAUAUGUCGACGGUGGUGAUAUGCCUUUUCAAUACUUGA